AUGAUGAGGUGGAUUACUCGAAAGGUUGGGAAAAUGGAGAUUUUCCACCCGAACUUCUAUGAACACGGUGGUUUGGCAACUGCUCAAUGUUUUGACCCAUAUGGCAAGAAGAAGCAAAUAGAGCCGCCUAUAAAUGCUCGGAAUGGAGAGAAGCUAGCUUGCGAAGAGUAUCUCGGAAGGGAAAGAUAUAGAUUCCGUAUCUAUUGA